CAUAGAAAUAUGGCGUAGUAGGACUAAUAGUUCAGCCACAGAUAUUUCAGCUUAUAUACUGUUACAUCCACGAUAUCUCACAAGGGACUAUUUUAUCGGAUGCCGAAGUUUGUUGGUGAGAGAUGAGCAAGAGACAGUGGCGGAUUCUCCGUACAAUUACUGGGUGUUAUUCGGCACUCAAGCACGGGUGAGCUCUGUGUUGGAGCUUCUAUUGUACGCGUACUGGGACGCGUGAAUUGGAACCGAUUUAAUAAGUUCGCGUGUAAAUAAUUUUCUCUGAACGAUCUCAGUUUUUGAUGUGAGGGACUCAUUCUGCCUUGUGGUCAAAGACUUAAGUUUUUUUCAGGGAAAUAACCAUAGAGACUGCAAGCUAGUGAGCUAUCCCGGCUUGCAACUACAAAUGUUCAACGACAGCUAGCCAACAACUGGAAUUGGAGGACGCAAGUGUGGCUACACACAAAAGGACUGUGACUAGUUUGAAUACGAAACAAGAAAAACCAUGCCGUCUGUGAUGGAGCGCUCCAGUUCUGGUGUUUUGUCCCGAAGCAGGGCCAAAACAGUCACCAAUGGCAACACCCACCAUUCAGAAGAAGAGAGCAGUGAUGAAGAGCACGCUCAUGACAGCAUGAUCCGAGUUGGUGGAGACUACCAAGCGCAGAUCCCAGAGUUCAAACCAGAUAGUCCCCCACGAUAUGAGGAGAAGGACCAGAGGAGCAUGCUGGUGUGGACUCCCCACAGCCUGGUGUCCGAUGCCAUGUUGGACGAGUAUAUCCUAAUGGCGAAGGAAAAGCAUGGCUAUAACAUGGAACAGGCCUUGGGCAUGCUCCUCUGGCACAAGCAUGAUGUGGAAAAGUCACUGGCUGAUCUGGCCAACUUCACCCCCUUUCCGGAGGAGUGGACCAUAGAGGACAAGGUGCUGUUUGAACAGGCCUUCAGCUUCCAUGGCAAGAGCUUCCAUCGCAUCCAGCAAAUGUUGCCCGACAAGCUUAUCUCUAGCUUGGUCAAAUACUACUACUCCUGGAAAAAGACCAGAACUCGGACCAGCGUCAUGGACAGACAGGCUCGCAAACUUGUCAGCAAGAGAGAAAAGGAUGACAGCAAUGAUGAGAUUGAGGAAGGAGACCCUGGAAGCGACAGUGACUUUGAAAUUGAAACGAAGAAAGAGACAACUAAGCAGAGCUCAGCAGGUGGUGGGGAGUGGGCGUCAGGGCGAUCAGGCCCGAUUCGAAAGGAGAACCAGGGGUCUCAGUACCGGCACCAUCCCUUAAGAGCCCGUCGCCGUCCCCCAAAGGGAAUGCACUUGGAACAAGAGGACAUCGUUGGCCUCUCAGCAACCGCAGACACAGGAGUUGUGUCCAAUCGGCAGCUGGACUCGCUACUUGUGUCCCUAAAAAGACAGGUCCAGAGCAUCAAACAGGUGAACAGCACCAUGAAGCAGAGCCUUGAUGAAGGCAUCGAUACCAUGAGGCCUACUGAGCCCAACCCUAAGAUCAACUCGCGCUGGACCACUGAGGAGCAGCUCCUGGCUGUGCAAGCAAUCCGCCGCUACGGGAAGGACAUGGCGGCCAUCGCUGAGGUGAUUGGCAACAAGACUGUCGCCCAGGUGAGCUCGUUUUUCAACAGCUACCGGCGGCGCUUCAACCUAGACGAGGUGCUGCGGGAGUGGCAGGCCGAACAGGAAGUACUUCAAGGGAAUGCUGGGAAUUCGGAUGCCAUAAAGGAACUGAAUGGGAACGCAGGAAUGGAGGAGGAAGAGAUGAAGAUGGACACUUCUUCUCCUCUGUCCCAGUCGGGCACGCCCUCCCCCUCCUCAGGCGUGAGCUCCGGUACCACCAAGACCCCGCCUCCCCUGACCCAGCCGCCCCCGCUGCUGCGGCCCGCGCCGCCGUCCGCGCCCCCCAGCCUCCUGCGCCAGCCCCCGCCGCUGCAGACCAGGCCUCUCCAGACCCGCACCCCGCACAACCACCCUCCGCCGCCGCUCAUCCGGCCGGCCGUGGCCGCCUCCGGGCAGCAGGGCGGUCUGCGGAGCUCGCUGGGCUCGGGGGCAGCCUCGUCCGGUCAGCUGCCUCCCUCUCUGGUGGGGCUGAAGGUGGAGUCACCCCAGACCCACUAACAGCGGAGUAGUAGGGGUCAGGUGGGUGGGGGUUGGGGAUGGGUGUUGGGUUUGACAUACUAACACACACACCAUACACUUGGAAGCACUCUCUAACUCAGGCAAGUGGAGUGAUGUCCUUUAUUUUUUUUUAUUUAAGAUCCUCUGAAUCCUUCAAAUCUUCCAAUAGGUCCCUCGCUCCUUUCUUCCUUCUUUCUUUCCCUCUUCCUGACUUCCCCUUAGUUACACAUCACUCCUCCCCCUCCUCCACUUUGCCGGUAUCUAGUAUUCUCCUCACGUUAUGCUGUGGAACCAGCCUCGAUCACAGCCACUGCCUGCUCAUCACAGCGACAACAACUUCUCACAGCCUCCGUAACGUGCACAGAGGAACCCAUCCUCUCUCACAGUAUGCACUCGCUCAGCUGUUUCCAUGGUAACCACAGGUGGUGUCCUCAGCUUCAGCACCAACUGUCUUGGGUACCUUCUGUGACCCUGCCAAAGCUGUCCAAUCAAAGACAGAACUUGUAACCAAAAUCUCCUCAAUACAACCGAAGCCUUCACAGCUAUACACUGGAUAGUCGUGGACAUGAAGGAUACCAUGACAACAGGCUUGAAGCAGACCUCCCACCCACCAUUGCCACCACACAUCGCUAUGGCAACAGUGGAACAUGUUGAACUGUGCAAUGAGACACACGCACAGUGUUCCAAAGUGUGUUGGUUGUCAAAAAGGGAAGUGUGUAUGUGUGUGCCUGUGUGUUAACUGACACUCGACAUAGAAGAGCCAUGUACUGUUAGUAUUAAAUGAUCCAAUUGUCCUUGUUUUGGUUUUCUUUCCUUCUUUAAUAUAUUUUGUUGGAAUAGGUUUUCAAGCUAUCGUCUGAUAGGUAGUCUAAGUUAGCAGUGACACAAUUGAGUCUGACUGAGCACUAAAAUGACCCAAAACUACUUGAUUUCAAUGUGUACACACAGACACUAAUAGAUGACGUGUUCGUCUGAUGGCCACAGAUGGAAAUGCCAAACAGCUUGUGGUAGCCUGGCCUGUUCUCUACACUGCUUCUUUUUUUUUACUCUUUGUGUGAGGACUGUUUACAUGUGAAACUGGAAUUGCUUGUAAUGUUUUGAAAAAACUUUUGUACUUUUUUUUGUCUGUUUUAGAAUAAAGAGAACUUGCUACA